AUGGCAUCAAAAUCACCUGUCCUCGGUUUCCUGUUGCUCGUCAAACUCCCGAGCGUCCUCUCACUCCCCCUUUCGCAAAUCGGCGCGCCGGAUCUCGGGACGCUGUCUUUCGCAGAACUCGCGCAAGAGACCUUCCGUCGGAUUCUCGAGCUGGGUUUUCUCCGCGGCAUCCUUGUCGCCCUGUUCGUCCUAGGUUGUCUCGUGUGUUUGCUCAUAUGCCUAUUAUCCGGGCUGGCAGCGUACCUUGGACGCCAUGACACGCAUGUUUGCGAUGAUAAGUCAGAGACAUCCCGCCAGAACAGUGAGCACGAGAAAGUGCAGCUGUACUGCUUGGACGCAAACAAACGAGACAAACAGAUGGCGACGAAAUCGGAGGGCAUUACGGUGGUCGAGGAAGAGAUUCACUUCCUGCAACAACCCCAGCCUCGGAGUCGGAUAUCUCAACUCAUAUUGGGCCGACAGCUCUCUCCGAUGACCCAACUCCAGAUCCACACAUCGUCUCCAUCGCCAAUAAUGGAGACAGAGUUAUCAUCAUCUCCAUCAAUCUCACCCUCACCAUCGCCAUCCCGCAAUGACAGAACCACUUCCUCAUUACAACCUCGAUCCGUGCCGCUGCGCUCCGCACUCUCCAAAUCGCCACCUCCGCCGCACCGCUUCUCCAGAGCCCAAAUCUUCCUCUUCGGACGCAGGAGGUCGAGUCCCAGCUCCAGUCCCAAGUCCGUGCGAUGGGCUGACGAGCUCCAGCUUUCAUUGACAGCAAGCUUGGAGUUGGAUAUCCGGCCACUGGACUCCGACUUUGAGGCAGAUAUUGGUCUUGGAAGAGCCGAGCCCGCAGACGACCUGGACUUGCCGUCAGCGCCCACUUCAAUUACAGCAGCGGGUGCAGAUGUGGUACAAGAAUCAUUACUGGCUCUCGCAUCAUGA